AUGGAGUACCAGACUGAGGGAAAGGAGAAACACCAGCAUAGCUCGAAUUUACUAGAUAAAAUUAAGAAUAUGAGAGAACUAGAAGAAAUGAUUGACGUAGUACUCAUAGCAGAAGAGGAGAAAUUUCCUUGCCACAGACUGGUCCUCGCUGCAUUUAGUCCCUACUUCAAGGCUAUGUUCACCUGUGGACUACUCGAGUGCACUCAGAGGGAGGUCGUACUCUAUGACAUCACAGCAGAAAGUGUGUCAGUGAUACUAACCUACAUGUACAGUGCAGUUCUGGAGAUCAAUAAUGCCAAUGUACAGACCGUAGCAAUGGCUGCCUAUUUCAUGCAGAUGGAAGACGUCUUUAGUGUGUGCCAAAAAUAUAUGAUGGACCACAUGGAUGCCUCCAACUGCAUAGGAAUCUAUUAUUUUGCAAAACAAAUAGGAGCAGAAGAUUUAUCUGAUCAGUCAAAGAAGUAUUUAUAUCAGCACUUUGCUGAGGUAAGCCUACAUGGAGAAAUACUAGACAUCGAAGCUCACCAGCUUCUGGCACUUAUUAAGUCUGAUGAUUUGAAUAUAUCCAGAGAAGAGAGCAUUCUGGACUUGGUUCUGAGAUGGGUAAAUCAUAACCAAGCAUUGCGUACAGAGCAUCUCGUUGAACUUUUGAAGCAAGUCAGACUGGAACUUAUAAAUGCUUCCUUUCUAAGAGAGGCCCUAAGAAGGAACACGAUGCUCCUUUGUGAUAGCAGUUGCAUCGACAUGAUCCAGAAUGCAUUCAGAGCCAUCAAGAUGCCCCAGCAGCACUCCCCUAAUCUUCGCUAUGGCAUGGAGACCACCAGCCUGCUGCUUUGCAUUGGGAACAAUUCUUCUGGAAUCAGAUCACGGCACAGGAACUAUGGGGAUGCCAGCUUCUGUUAUGACCCCGUGUCACGGAAAACCUAUUUUAUUUCAUCCCCUAAGUAUGGGGAGGGUUUAGGAACAGUAUGCACUGGGGUAGUCAUGGAAAACAAUACUAUAAUUGUGGCUGGAGAAGCAACUGCCUCUAGGCUAUCUAGACAAAAGAGCAAGAAUAUUGAAAUUUAUAGGUAUCAUGAUAGAGGAAACCAGUUUUGGGAAAAGUUAUGCACGGCUGAAUUUCGAGAGCUCUACGCUCUGGGCAGCAUCCAUAAUGACCUCUAUGUCAUAGGAGGACAGAUGAAGAUUAAAAACCAGUACCUCAUCACAAACUGUGUUGAUAAGUACUCCAUAGAUCAAGACAACUGGAAACGAGUGUCUCCCCUUCCACUGCAGUUGGCUUGUCACGCUGCGGUGACAGUGAACAAUAAACUGUAUGUCAUCGGAGGCUGGACCCCUCAGAUGGAUCUUCCUGAUGAAGAGCCGGAUCGAUUAAGCAACAAACUGUUGCAGUAUGACCCCAGCCAAGAUCAAUGGAGAGAGCGGGCACCCAUGCAGUACUCUAAGUACCGAUUCAGUGCAGCCGUCGUCAACAGUGAGAUCUACGUUCUGGGCGGAAUUGGCUGUGUGGGCCGAGACAGGGGACAAGUUCGGAAGUGCCUUGAUGUUGUGGAGAUCUACAACCCUGAUGGGGACUUCUGGCGGGAAGGCCCACCUAUGCCAAGUCCCCUCCUCUCACUGAGAACUAAUUCCACCAACGCGGGUGCAGUGGAUGGGAAGCUCUAUGUCUGCGGGGGAUUUCAUGGAGCAGAUCGCCAUGAGGUUAUCUCCAAAGAAAUUUUGGAGCUGGACCCUUGGGAGAACCAGUGGAAUGUUGUCGCCAUCAACGUCCUCAUGCAUGACAGCUAUGACGUCUGCCUGGUAGCUAGGAUGAACCCCCGAGACCUCAUCCCACCACCCUCAGAUCUGAUUGAUGAAGGUGGUGACCACAGAGGGCAAAGAUGA